UAAUAGCCAUGGCAGAAAAGGAAGGAGCAAUUGUCAAGAAGGGACAUGAGGAAGGUUUGAAAAUGGCAGUUUGCCUACUCGAAGAAUUCGGACUCCCAAUGGGGCUCCUCCCUCUUGCUGAUGUGAUCGAAGUGGGGUUCGUGAAGAACACAGGCUACAUGUGGAUCCAGCAAAAUAAAAAAAUUGAACACAAGUUCAAAAUGAUCAGUAAAAUGGUAAGUUAUGACACUGAAAUAAAUGGAUAUGUUGACAAGAAAAGAAUCAAGAAGCUCAAGGGAGUGAAAGCUAAGGAAUUGAUGUUAUGGCCUCCAGUUAAUGAGAUAACUGUAAAUGAUCCUCCCACUGGCAAGAUUCAAUUCAAGAGUCUGGCUGGCAUCACCAAAACAUUCCCAGUUGAAGCUUUUGCUGCUGGCCAGUAAUGGAAAUGGAAUA